UAGAAUACAAAGCACCAGAUAAAGAAAUUCUGGUAUAAGUUACAAAUUGGUCAUUCAUUUGGUUACAGAGAAACAAGAAAAGGAGACAGACAGAACACAAAUCCGUGGUUCGAGAACAAUGGCAAACAGUGGUGAAGGUAAAGUGGUGUGUGUUACAGGAGCCUCUGGUUACAUCGCCUCCUGGCUCGUUCAUUUCCUCCUCAGCCGUGGCUACACCGUUAAGGCUUCCGUCCGAGACCCCAGUGAUCCGAAGAAGACGCAACACUUACUCUCACUGGAAGGUGCAAAGGAGAGACUUCACUUGUUCAAAGCAGAUCUUUUGGUUGAAGGAUCUUUCGACUCUGCUAUUGAUGGCUGCCAUGGAGUUUUCCACACUGCCUCCCCUUGUUAUUUUGAUGUAAAAGACCCACAGGUUGAACUUAUUGAUCCUGCAGUCAAGGGGACACUUAACGUUUUGAAUUCAUGCGCAAAAGCUUCAUCGGUUAAAAGGGUUGUUGUGACCUCCUCCAUGGCAGCUGUUAAUUGCAACGGAAAACCACGCACCCCGGAUGUAACUGUCGAUGAAACUUGGUUCUCUGAUCCUGAGCUUUGUGAGGCCUCUAAGAUGUGGUAUGUUCUAUCCAAGACCUUGGCGGAAGAUGCUGCUUGGAAACUCGCUAAAGAGAAAGGCUUAGAAAUUGUUACUAUUAACCCAGCCAUGGUGAUCGGUCCUCUCUUACAGCCAACUCUGAACACGAGUGCUGCUACUAUACUCAACUUAAUAAAUGGUGCAAAGACUUUCCCCAACGUGAGUUUCGGAUGGGUUAAUGUUAAGGACGUAGCCAAUGCGCACAUCCAAGCAUUUGAGGUCCCUUCAGCUAACGGACGUUACUGUAUGGUCGAGAGAGUCGCUCACUACUCCGAGAUGGUUAGCAUUCUGCAUGAGCUUUACCCAAAUGUCCCACUCCCUGAAAAGUGUGAGGAUGAGAAUCCGUACGCGCCGACAUAUCAAGUGUCGAAGGAAAAAAUAAAGAGCCUUGGCAUAGACUACGUACCCUUGAAGGUUAGCAUCAAGGAGACCGUGGAGUCCUUGAAGGAGAAAGGUUUCGUACACUUUUGAGAAAGAUGUGAGCCAUUGGAUAAAGUAUUUGGAACACUAUACCAAAAAAUAUAAUAUUUGGAAUAUGUCAACGAACCUUCAAGGGAGAGAUUUUGUAUGCUAUCAGUUCUCGUACCUUAUUGUUGGUUCCAUGAAAUAAGAUACUUUUCCUUUUUAUUUGUUGUUGGGUGAGAUAUCAAAUGAGAAUUUUAGUAA